AUGAGAGUUCCUCCUCCUGCAGUUUCCUCAUCAUCAUCAUCUUCCCCAAAACUCACCACCACCCAAAACACCGUCCUCACCACCACUCCCAACCCAACAACCACCACCACCACCACUUUGUGCUACGAGCCCCGCUCCGUUCUCGAACUCUGCCGUAGUCCCAGUCCUGAAAAGAAACCAACACAACAAGAACAAGAACAAGAACAUCUAGAAGUGGAAGAGGAUCAUGCCGCCUUGCCUAAUUUGGAUUGGUGGGACUCCAUCAUGAAGGAUUUGGGUUUACAAGACGACUCUUCUACACCCAUAAUACCACUUUUGAAAAACACUAACACCGCCCACGAAAAUUCUAACCCAACACCAUGCAUCCCUGAAAUUUACCCAAACCCUUCUCAAGACCAAUUUGAUCAAACCCAAGAUUUCACUUCUCUCUCAGAUAUUUACUCUAAUAACCAAAACCUGCCCUAUAAUUACCCAAACACAAACACUAAUCUGGAUCAUUUACUUCAUGACUUCAAUAACAACCAACACACCAACAAUAAUAAUAACAAUAGUAAUUGGGAUUUCAUCGAAGAGCUUAUUCGUGCCGCGGAUUGUUUCGAUAACAAUCAUCUUCAACUAGCUCAGGCCAUAUUGGAACGGCUCAAUCAACGGCUAAGAUCUCCUUCUGGUAAACCGUUACACCGAGCAGCGUUUCAUUUCAAAGACGCUCUUCAAUCUCUUCUCUCCGGUUCGAACCGGACUAAUCCUCCGCGUCUUUCUUCCAUGGUGGAGAUUGUUCAGACCAUUAGAACGUUCAAGGCGUUUUCUGGAAUUUCACCAAUUCCUAUGUUUUCUAUUUUCACAACUAAUCAAGCGUUACUCGAAGCGCUUCAUGGAUCUUCGUUCAUGCAUGUUGUUGAUUUUGAAAUCGGACUUGGAAUUCAAUAUGCUUCUCUGAUGAAAGAGAUUGCUGAAAAGGCUGUUAACGGUUCGCCGCUUCUCCGUAUCACCGCGGUUGUGCCGGAGGAGUACGCUGUUGAAAGCAGGCUUAUUCGUGAGAAUCUCAACCAGUUUGCGCACGACCUUGGGAUUCGGGUGCAGGUUGAUUUUGUGCCGUUGAGGACUUUUGAAACGGUGUCGUUUAAGGCGGUUAGGUUUGUCGACGGUGAGAAGACUGCGAUUCUAUUGACUCCAGCGAUAUUCUGUCGCCUUGGAUCCGACGGUACAGCUGCGUUUCUCUCGGAUGUUCGGAGGAUAACUCCCGGUGUGGUGGUUUUUGUUGAUGGUGAAGGAUGGACGGAGGCGGCAGCCGCGGCGUCGUUUCGUCGUGGAGUUGUGAAUAGCUUGGAGUUCUACUCGAUGAUGCUGGAGUCGCUGGAUGCGUCGGUGGCGGCGGGAGGAGGAGGAGAGUGGGCGCGGAGGAUCGAGAUGCUUCUUCUACGGCCGAAGAUAAUAGCGGCGGUGGAAGCUGCUGGAAGAAGAACAACACCGUGGCGAGAGGCGUUUUACGGUGCCGGAAUGAGGCCGGUGCAGUUGAGUCAGUUUGCUGAUUUUCAGGCGGAAUGCUUGCUCGCAAAGGUGCAAAUCAGAGGCUUCCACGUGGCAAAACGCCAAGCUGAGUUGGUGCUUUUCUGGCAUGAGAGGGCCAUGGUCGCCACGUCAGCUUGGCGAUGUUAG